AUGAGCGUUCGUCACUGUUUAAAAAUCUGGACAUGGAAUGUUAAAGGUGCUGCGCUUACCACCUCUUCAGCUGAUCUCAACUCAACAUCUGCACACACUAGAAAGUCUUGCUUCCGUAAACUCACUUGUAGAUACCGCUUACAAACCGGUACCAAUCACCCGCUCCCCAUUUCCCUCUCUCCAAAACGGUUGGAUCGUAUCUACGUCGCAUUCACAAUGCUAGGUAGUAACUCCGCUGUCGCCACCUAUUUCCAUAAUAAGAGUGAUCACUGCCCAAUCUCUGUCGACAUUAAUCUCUCAAGUAAGUUUCAACAACAGAUUGAACUAAAGUAUUAUAAUGACAUUCAACACCGUAUCCCAAGAGAAGAUGUUCAAGACUUUGCAAACAUCGUACAGCUCGUAGCAAAUGAAAUAUAUCAUAUCAAGUCGUCCAUUGAUGACACUCCUAUCUCUCUUCUCCCCCUGAGUUUAAAGAAGGAGUUGUUCAAACUCUCUUUAAAAAAGGUGAUCCCAAUGACAUCGCUAAUAGGCGUCAAAUAUCACUGUUGA